CAAAAAGCAAUCUCUCUCUCUCUAAAAAGCAAAAGAAAAGCUUGUGUCCUCCCUCUCUCUCUCUCUCCUCUGUUUUCGAUGCUGCAAACGCAACGCCAUAAAACGAAGUGAAAUUUUUAAAUAAAGCACCUCUUUAUUUCACUAAUUUCUUCACGUUACCCUCCUCUCCCUGUCACUCACUCCUUCCUCGUAUAAAACCCAUCGAAACCCUACCCGUCUCUUAAACCCCCAUCCGUCUCUCUCUCUCUCUCUCCUCCAUAGCCAUGGAAACUCUCUACUUCCUCAAGUUCUGGAAACCCAAUGCCUCCACCGCCACACCUCCAAAAUCUUCCGUAGCUAAAGAAAACGACGUCGAAGAAGAAGAAGAAGAUUCUUUCUUCGACUUGGAAUUAAGUUUCGACCUCAUCCAAACCCCACAAGAAAACAUCUUCGAAUCCAAACCAAAAUCAAACACCUCGGACAAAACAGCCGGCAAACCAACCCUUUCUGUGUCCACCUCCGAUCCGAUUUCCAAAAGAAAAAUCCUCCCGAUCGAGCCAGUUUCCAAGCCUCCUCAGUCCCCCAUCGCUCUCCUUAAAUCCGCCCCAAAGUUCGGAGCUUUAAUGCUCAAAAAACCCAGACAGAAAACCGAGAAAAAAACAGGGGAAAAAGCAGAGCCGGAGGUUUCGAUGGAGUCCCACAAGCAGAAAACCAAAGUAGUAAUUGCGAAACAGCUCGCCGGAGAAGAGGCUCAAAACCCACCUAAGCUCACCCGAGAAAACAGCUCCAUGAGAAGCGGAAUCGGAUUGCAGAAUCCGAGGCUGGAAGACCCGAAAACAGAGAGAUUUUCCAAGGAUGUUUUGCAGAAGUACCUUAAUCUGAUCAAACCUCUGUACUCGAAGGUUUCCAGGAGGUCUACCGAGAAGGUGAAACCUUCUGUAGACUCACCGACGGCGUCGCCGGCGAUGCCGAUAUUCUCUAUGUGUUCGCCCAAAAAGGACAAACAGGGGAACUUUCCGGCGGGAUUUAGAGUUGUCUCUAAGAACUUGGGGAAGAGCAAGUCGGCCACGGCGAUGGUGGCGCCGCCGGUGCAACGGAGGGACGAUUCCUUGCUGCUGCACAACGAUGGGAUUCAGAGCGCCAUUCUGCAUUGCAAGAGAUCGUUCAACUCUAGAGAUUCUUUGUCUUCGUUGUCACGAUCAACCAGUGAUUCCUCCUCUACGAAAUCAUAUUCUACAGAUUGUUCUCUGUUGUCGCGGUUUGCAAGUGAAUCCCAGGACAAAUCAGCAAGAAACUCGAUCGAGGAUGGGUACAGUGCUGAAAUCUGAACCUUUGUUGGAUUUUAAUAGAUAAAACGCGGGAAAAGCAGAGGAACCAUGGCACUCUGUUCUCUCUGUGCUUCUGUAAAAACCACGGAAGAAAUGAAAAGGAAAAUAUAAGGUUAGGUUAGGGUUGUUUUUGGUAUUCUAGCUUCUAGGGUUUUUAGCUAUGAUGACGGGUGAGCACAGCAUAUGGGGUUCGCCUGUUCUAGUCUGUAAAGUGGUGUCAUGAUGAAAAAACUGCAGAAAAACAAAACAAAAAAAUCUGAGAUUUUGGGGAUCUUUUUUGGUUUAGGGUUUCUGCUCUGAAGCACAUCAUGUUGCGUUUGAAAUGAAUGUGUGAUGAAAGAAAAUGUGUUUAAAUCAAUCAGAAGGAUGUGUGACAUUAUUUUCUGAGU